AUGGCGGGUGCAGAUAUAGCGAGGACCGUCGUCGGCCUCGUCGGGAAUGUCAUCUCAUUCUGCCUGUUCGCCUCGCCAGCUCCGACGUUUUGGAGAAUUCUGAAGAAGAAAACGACGGAGCAGUUUCAGCCGUACCCCUACAUAGCCACCAUAUUGAACUGCAUGUUUUGGGUGUUCUACGGCCUCCCCCUGGUUCACCCCCACAGCAUCCUCGUCGUCUCCAUCAACUCCGUCGGCCUCGCCAUGGAAGUCAUCUACACCUCCAUCUUCUUCUUCUACACCGACAACAAACGAAGAUUGAAGGUGAUAUUCUGGGUGAGCCUGGAAAUGGCAUUCAUGGGGGGCAUAAUAACUGUAACCCUGUUGAAAUUCCACUCCCACACCGCCAGAUCUAACUUCGUGGGCACCUUCUGUGUCGUGUUUGGAGUGAUGAUGUACUCUUCGCCUCUUGCAAUCAUGAAAAAAGUGAUCACCACAAAGAGCGUGGAGUUCAUGCCAUUUUAUCUCUCACUGGCCAACUUCCUUAAUGGAGUCAUCUGGGUCACCUAUGCCCUCAUCAAAUUCGACAUCUAUAUCACCGUUGGGAAUGGUUUGGGAGCAGUGUCUGGGGCGGCGCAGCUCAUACUGUAUGCCAUCUACUAUAAGUCGACUCCGAAGAAUAAGAGUGGUGGUGGUGAGAAGCUCUCUGAAGUGCAGCUCUAUAGCGGCCCCCAACAACCACUGGCCGUCUGA